CAAAAUUACAUCUCUCUUUCUCUUUACAAAAACUUUGCAAUAUUUUUUCUCAUCUUACGAAAAAUACUUCAUAACAAAUAUACUUCGUAAAGAGUUGUUAUAAUUAUUUAGCUCUUACGAAAAAAUAUUUGUAAAAAGUUCUCAUAUUUAUUUAAAUCUUACGAAAAAUACGUCAUCAAAAAUGUCAGGUGAAUUAAAGAAUGUUGGAAUACUUGCCUUGGAAAUUUAUUUCCCUACUACUUGCCUACAACAGGAAGCAUUGGAGGCUCAUGAUGGAGCAAGCAAAGGGAAAUACACAAUUGGUCUUGGACAAGAUUGUAUGGGCUUUUGCACUGAGGUGGAAGAUGUUAUAUCAAUGAGUUUGACAGCGGUUACUUCCCUUCUGGAGAAGUAUGCUAUUGAUCCGAAGCAAAUUGGUCGUCUAGAGGUUGGAAGUGAGACUGUAAUUGAUAAGAGCAAAUCGAUCAAGACAUUCCUGAUGCAAAUAUUCGAGAAAUGUGGCAAUACUGAUAUUGAAGGCGUCGACUCAACUAACGCGUGCUAUGGAGGAACUGCUGCAUUGUUUAACUGUGUGAAUUGGGUUGAGAGCUCUUCAUGGGAUGGGCGUUAUGGACUUGUCGUAUGCACUGAUAGCGCGGUCUAUGCUGAGGGAGCUGCUCGACCUACUGGAGGUGCUGCAGCGAUUGCUAUGUUAGUCGGUCCAGAUGCUCCUAUCGUAUUCGAAAGCAAGAUCAGGGCUAGCCAUAUGGCCCAUGUCUAUGACUUUUACAAGCCCAUCCUCGACAGCGAAUAUCCAGUGGUUGACGGUAAGCUUUCACAAACGUGUUAUCUUAUGGCACUUGAUUCUUGCUACAAGAGCUUAUGCAACAAAUACGAAAAAUUGGAAGGCAAACAGUUUUCGAUUGAUGAUGCAGCGUAUUUUGUUUUCCAUUCACCAUACAACAAGCUUGUACAGAAGAGUACUGCUCGAUUGAUGUUCAAUGACUUCAUAAGGAACGCUAGUUCCAUCGAUGAGUGUACUAAAGAAAAGCUGGCACCGUUCUCAUCCUUAACCGGUGAUGAAAGUUAUCAAAGCCGCGAUCUUGAGAAGGCAUCCGGGCAAGUGGCAAAACCAUUUUAUGACGAGAAGGUGAAACCUUCUACAUUAGUACCAAAACAAGUUGGCAACAUGUACACCGCGUCUCUGUAUGCUGCUUUUGCAUCGCUGCUUCACAAUAAGCGCAGCUCGCUGGCUGGAAAGCGGGUAGUCUUGUUCUCUUACGGGAGUGGAUUGACUGCAACAAUGUUCUCGUUAAGUCUUAACGAAGGUCAACAUCCUUUUAGCUUGUCAAACAUCGCUACUGUGAUGAAUGUCGAAGAGAAAUUGAAGUCGAGGCAUGAGUUCACUCCUGAGAAAUUCAUCGAAACCAUGAAAAUAAUGGAGCACAGGUACGGUGGUAAGGACUUUGCGACGAGCAAGGAUUGUAGUCUUCUAGCACCGGGUACCUACUACCUCACAGAAGUCGAUUCAAAGUACAGACGAUUCUACGCCAAGAAAUGUGCUGCGAAUGGACUUGCCAAUGGUCAUUGAAGACACCAUGAAGAAUAAUUACAUCGAAUAAAACAUCUACUACCCCCGAACUAUGACCAAAUUUGCUACGACACACUCUUUGGGGGGUAAUAGGACCCCUAUGAAGCUGGAGUGUGUCGUAGCAACUUUGACCAUAGUUCGAGGGCGUAUUGGAUGCUUAUCUCUAUAACAUAUAGUUUCUUUUCUUGAUAUUUCAAUUCCUUUCCAACAAAUUCAAUGUUUCUUUUGUUCAUCUAUUUGAGAGAUGAUCUGUAAAAGCAUCGAUGUAACGCUUCUAUGUAUGAAAUGAAAUUCAUUGAGCAAAUUUUCUGAA